AUGUCCGAUAAUCCUACCGAUUGGUCUCAAUUCUAUCAACAAAACAUUUCUAACCAAGUUCUACCCCCGAUUCGACCGAUGUUCGGGGAUCGAGUCGCCGAUGCUAUUACUGUUACCACCACCACUACCGUCAAUACAGUUGGUGUCACGAACCCUAUGGGUCCGGGCAACUCUAGCUCAAGUGCCGGUCAUAUGAGUCCUGAAGGUCGAGUUGCCAAGCCUAUUCGUAGAAGGUCUAGGGCUUCAAGACGAACCCCAACAACAUUACUCAAUACAGACACCACAAAUUUCCGAGCCAUGGUGCAACAAUUCACUGGAGGUCCAAGUGCACCAUUUACAUCAGGGUCACAGAUUAAUGCAACAAAUUUUGGUUUUGCUUUAGGGGCUCAUCGUCAAGCUCACCAUGUGAAUCACCCUAGUCCGGUCGUGAUGCCACCAGGGUAUCAUUUGCAAUAUCAACAGCAACAACAGCAGCAUCAAUUUCAGCAGCAAAGCCAGCAGCCAUCACCAUACAUGUUUUCUUUGAGCAACAAUACUAUCGGUAAUAGCACUCCUACCACUACCACCACCACUCCCGGUGAUAUGUUUUUUCAAAGACUUGGAAACCCUAGACCUACUGCAAGUAUGGAAGUUUCUGAUCAUGGGUUUGUGUCAACGGAAGGAUCUGUAAUUUCAUCCCUGGCGGCUCCUCCUUCUAGGCCUCCAUCUUCCAGCUCCAAUGAGAAUAGAAGUAAUACUUUCUUGUUUUGA